ACGGAUCCGUUAGAGACCCCCGCUGGCCGCUUCUUCCUCCUCCCUCGUAUCCACCACGCUUCCCUCGUCGUCUCCGAUCGAAUCGAACCGAAUCGCCUUCAGGGUGGCUGCACCAUAAUAGCUCCUCGCACGCACGCACGCACGCCGCGAACAAGGAGAUUGCAAGGGAGGAGGGGUGGAAGCGACGGGCUGAGAGUAUGGGAUCGGAGGGCCGGAGCUUGAAUGGGGUCGCCGGCGCCGGCGGAGGCGGCGGGGAGGAAAAGCCGAGGACGGUGGUGGCGCCGGGCCCGGCGGAGGUGCCCACGUCCUCCGCUGCGGUCGACAUCUCGCUGCCGCUCCCCGAGAUGACUCCCCACAUCAUUGGUCUCUGCAAGGAAUUGGUGAAAGGGUGGUCGUCUGUGGACAGCUCGUGCUUCUCUGUCGAGACGGUGUCCGGUGGCAUCACCAACCUAUUGCUAAAGGUAUCUGUCAAAGAAGGAACGUGCAGUGAGUCCUCUGUGACUGUUCGUUUGUAUGGCCCUAACACAGACUUGGUGAUCGAUCGGGAAAGGGAAUUGCUGGCCAUACCAUAUCUUUCAGCUGCAGGGUUCGGGGCUCUGCUACUUGGAAUAUUUGAGAACGGAGUGAUUCAGUCAUUCAUAAAUGCUCGAACACUGUCACCUUCAGACAUGAAGGAACCUAGAAUAGCUGCUGAAAUCGCCAAGCAGCUACAGAAAUUCCAUCAAGUAGACAUACCAGGAUCAAAAGAACCACAAUUGUGGAAUGACAUAUUCAAGUUUUUGAAAAAAGCUUCCACAUUAAAGUUUGAAGAUAAUGAUAAACAUAAGAGAUAUGAUACGAUAUCUUUCAGAGAAAUACAAGAUGAAGUGAAAGAGCUUAAGGAUCUCUCAGACCUUCUGCAUGCUCCUGUCGUUUUUUCACACAACGACUUGCUUUCAGGCAAUCUGAUGCUGAAUGAUUUGGAAGAGAAGCUCUAUUUCAUUGAUUUUGAGUAUGGGUCAUACAGCUACCGUGGAUAUGACAUUGCAAACCAUUUCAAUGAGUAUGCAGGAUUUGAUUGUGAUUACAGCCUGUACCCAGAUAAAGAUGUCCAAUAUCACUUUUUCAGGAAUUACCUAGCUGAUAGACCAAGUGAGGUCCAAAUGCAGGAUCUAGAAGCCCUUUAUAUUGAAACGAACACCUACAGAUUAGCAUCACACAUUUACUGGGCACUGUGGGCACUUAUUCAGGCAAAGGUAUCCCCAAUCGAUUUCGAUUACCUUGGGUACUUUUUCCUACGGUACGGUGAAUACAAGAAACAGAGGGAGUUUUGCUUUUCCUUGGCACAAGGCUUCCUUUCUGCACCCAGAAACGGCUAGAACUUAUUAGACGCUGUCCCCGAGCCACCUCUUGCCGUCCGCUUAUACAGGGCUGGCAGGCAAUGAUGAUCGGCUGUUGUACACCAAACUCCCGUCAUGUUAAUUAGCGACUUUCGCCUCAUUUUAUGAUCGUAUCGGCUCUUAGAUUCUCUCUCUUUCGUUUUUCCUGCAGUUGUCAUCUACCGCGUGAUAGAAAUUGUAAGAUCUGUAAAUAAUGUACACCUGUUGGUCACCGCAAUCGCAAGUACGCAAGCUUAAUGAUUUCU